CAUGUCCCGACUCUACACGUGCUGCUUCAGAAGAAAUGAAUCCAAGGCAGGCCUCAGUGGUUGAGGAUGGCGGGUCUUCUCAGCAACUACCAGUAUUCGUGCAAAAAAUCCAUGAUGCUUUGUGCCAUGGAGAAUGCGAGAGCUAGGAAGAAAUGCCAGAGAGAGAUAAUAACCAGCAAGAAGAGGAAAAUAACAGACAACCACAACGACCCACUGGAUGCAUAUAUACUGGUCAAAAAAAGUAAAGGGAGCAGUGCAGACCAGGAAAGUCAAAGCACUCUGAACUCUGAAAACAAGAGCACUAACAUAUCUAAACCUGGACUCUCUGUGUCUGAGCCCAGAGCUUCGGACCACCACAGUUUAGUCACAGCCCUCAGAGACAGCUGGGAGGUGGACAGUGGUUUCUCCUCUGAGGCGAGUCCUCCGGCCAGUGGUCGGAGUUCGCCGUGCCUCAGCUCGUGCACGACCACGGUGGUGGCGCUGGACUGCGAGAUGGUGGGGACGGGGCCCGGUGGGCGCUGCAGCGAGCUGGCGCGCUGCAGCAUCCUGGACUAUCACGGCAACGUAUUGUAUGAUAAAUAUGUCAGACCGCGUCAGCCCGUCACAGACUACAGGACUCGAUGGAGUGGCAUCCGGAGUCAUCACCUGCACAACGCCACACCCUUCACUCAAGCCAGGGAGGAGGUCCUCAGUAUACUUGAGGGCAAAGUGGUCGUCGGCCACUCCAUCUACAACGACUUUGAGGCGUUGGACAUGCUCCACCCGGGUCACAUGGUCAGGGACACAAGUACGACGCGUCUACUCAGUCGCUUGGCUGGUUUCCCCCGCGAACGCUGCCCCUCCCUCAAAAUCUUGGCCAGUAAGCUGCUGAACAGGAGGAUCCAGGCGGGGAGGAGAGGUCACUGUUCGGUGGAGGACGCUCAGGCCGCCCUCGACCUCUACAAGCUGGUGGAGGGCGAGUGGGAGCAGGAGCUGCAGAACAAGCUGAGGGACGACGACGCUCCGCACGAGCCAAGCUUCGCCGCCUCAAACCACUACAUGCAGGACGAGUACUGGCCAGAUGAUAUCACAGCUGAGAGCCAAUGAGAGGAGAGUAUUUGUGAUAUAUGCGACACACUUUGUGGGAAAUACCUCAGCAGACACCUGUUACAUGGUGAUGUACAGUACACAGUCACUACAGCAGGUUCAGAUAACUAUAGAUGCUGUAAAUGAAAAACAUGACAGUAUAUAAAGUGAAGAGAAGUGUAAGAAAUAAAUGUAUUUUGGGGGAAGUGUGACCAGAUUUCUGCAUUGCCUCAUAAAAGAAGAUGUACUGUAUCACUCUGGGGAAAUUAACUUAAUUGCUUGAAUGAAAACACUUGCUAAUGUAUUACUUUUAAACAUGUUUAACAUGGUUGGAGUUCCUAACAGCAUAUAUUUUGCUGUGAUACCAGAUACUUACCUGCAGAGUUGUUAGUGUUGAGAAACUUGAUAAUGUUUGUAUUGUGACAUUGGUGCUCUUAAAGUUAUUAGUUAUUAACUUAUGAAAAGCAGAGUUUGGAGUUCUCUAACUGAAUAUGCUCUUACUUGAAAGGUGAAAUUAACUAUUAAGAGAACAUGAGACUGAGACCACAGAUAACCGCUAUUUAAGAAAACACAUUUUUUCAGUCGAGUUUGUUUUUUAAAAUAUAGAAAUGAAAGUGGCUGCUCUGAGCCGCUCUGAAGUGGAACAAUAUGCAGCUUUUAAGAUGUUUUCACUGUCUACAAGACAAAAUGAAAACGUUUUUACAAGUUUAAACUGUUGCCGUCAGCUCAAUGUUUGUGUCACCUUAAUGUUUCGUGUUCUAACAGUUGUGUUGAAUUGUAAUGGUGUUAUUUCAUUACCUCUCAUUGUAAGCUGCUCUCUGAUGUCCUAAU